UAAGGGCAACGUCAAAGCUCGGCGUUAAUCUCCUACAGUAGCCAAGAAAUACUUACAUUUUGUGCUGCCUAAAUAGUGCGAUCUUUUCCGCCUGUGCCGAUAUUCGGUGACGAACGAUCUCGCGCGAACUUGAAGUCUCAAUCGUACAAAAUGUUGCGGCGUUUACCAGGAGCAGUUUUCUCGGUGCUGCUGCUAAUUGUGCUGACUACGGUGCCUUGUACCGAUGGUAUUAUGUUUCGCUUAACACCGAACACACAAAAAUGUCUCCGCGACGAAAUGCAGGGCAAUCAGAUCGUUGCCGGCGAAUAUGAAAUCACGAACGCGCCGGGUCAAAAAAUUGAUUUUGUGGUGCGUGACACGAAGGGCCAUAUACUAGCACAGAAGGAAGAUGUCUCCAAAGGGAAAUUUUCUUUCACAUCCGAAGUGUACGACACGUUCGAGAUAUGCUUCAUUUCACAUGUGCCACCAACUCACCGAGGCGUUGAUCAGGAGGUAUCGCUUGACGUGAAAAAGGGUAUCGAAACCAAAAGCUACGAAGGGAUUGGAGAAGCGGCCAAGUUGAAGCCUCUGGAGGUGGAUCUGAAACGUUUAGAAGAUUUAUCGGAUGCUAUUGUACAAGACUUUGCGUUGAUGAGAAAGCGCGAGGAAGAAAUGCGUGACACUAACGAGUCCACCAACAGCCGGGUACUGUUCUUUAGCAUUUUCAGUAUGAGCUGCUUACUGGGACUGGCCACAUGGCAAGUGCUUUAUUUAAGAAGGUACUUCAUUGCGAAGAAACUAAUUUAACCUCACGUUUGUCAGACAUAAAACGGUGCAAUGUGAACUUUGUCUCAUCGGCGUAAUAAAUCGUC